UGACGCUAAAAACAUGGCACGUGAUGUAAAUAAUGCACUUAUCCAGAUAGCGCAAGCAUGUGGUGGUAUGGAUGAAAACAGUGCGAUAGCUGAAUUCGUGGUAUUCGGUUAUAGAGUAACUCAGACAGGUCAUGCGGAAUUUCCGGAAUUACGAGAAUUAGGUGAAUUUUUAGAAUUAGGCGAAAAGCGGGAAUAA